AUGCCCCGAGCCUCCUCAAACGUAGACGCCCAGCACCGCCGCGCCAAACUUCGUCCGCCAUGGUCCGCGGCGUCAGGCGCGAAGCUGCACGAGUUUCUGAGCGAACAAGACGAGCGGGAAGUGCUCAACGUGCUGCGCGCGCAGUUCCACCACGAGCAGCGCAUCACGUCGGACGACGUGCGGUUCGUCGUGCGCGCGGUUGCCAGCCAUGACGGCACUGGGAACAUGCCACCCGACUUUCCGUCCACGCGCUGGAUCCUCGCGUUCAAGCGCGCGCACGGCUUUGCAUCGCCUGCUGCUAGCGCGGCAUCCCGAGUGCCCGAGCACCGCCUCAACGUGGGGAGCCGCAGCUGCAACGUCGCGCACGUCACGACCACCAGCAGUGACGACGAGCGGGACGAGCUUGACGGCCAGUGUGCGAGUCGCUACGACGUUAUGCGUGAACUUGAAGCUGGGGCGCGACUUGGCAGCAGGCGAGCAGCAACGAACGACCGCGACUCGCAGCUGCUGCAGCGCGCUCGUCGACAGCAACAGGAGCGUCGGUCUCUUGUCGUGGACGACCAUCGCGUCGGAUCCGCGUUGCAGCAGCGCGAACAGAUGUGGGAUCGGGAAGACCUUGGCUCGAACGCUAGCAGUGGGAGUGGCGACAGCGAGAACGGUGCGACGACUGGAGACAGUAGCAGCAACAGUAGCAGUGCCAGUGUGGCCCCCUCUUCGACCGUGAGUAGGGACGUCACCAACAGAGAAGACGGCGUUGCAAGCGUCCGAGACGUUGCAGCUGCUACCACCACAAGCAGCAGCACGAGACAUGGGUACAAGCUGAGUCACACGGUGCCGCCCGAGACGUGGGAGAAAGCCAUCGUGGCGGUGGAGCAGCAAGGAAUGAGUCUGCGCGCAGCAGCCAAGGUCUACGGCGUGCACUUUGCAGCUCUCCAUCGCCGCGUGAAGAAGCGUGCACAGGAAGGACAGUCGUCCAAGGCCACCACUGGAUACUUUCACCAGCGAGAUGAGACCGGCAUCAUGCGCGUCGUCGUGGCGCGUGCCGAGCUGGGCGUGCUCAUGACGUUUGAUGAGCUCAUGAAGUUGGUGGAGGCAGCAGCGCUGCGGAAACUACCCGACAUCUCGGUCAAGCACGCGCGCAACUUGAUGGUGCGCUUUCAGUCACGCAACGAGCAGUCGAUCCGACACCUGAUCGUGGACUGGCCGCCACCAGUGUCGACGGUAUCGUUGGGCUCGGUUGGGAGCCAUUACCACUUGGAGCACCCUGGCUUUGUGUACGGGACCGACUCCGAGUCGUCGCAUUCUGCGAGCAUGCAGCGAGCGUUUGCCACUUGUGCUACGACUGGCUCCAUGGCGGUAGCAGUGACGACUGUGGCGCCUUUGCCCAUUCUGUCGCCGCCGCCGUCGUCGUGCAUCAUCGGCAACAGCAGCUGCCGACCCAUGCUCCCGAGUUUGAACGUUGACGUGAACUUCCUGCGGCCUCUUGCUGCACAGCAACAGCAGCAGCAGCACCUGCAGCGACAACAGUCUUAA